AUGAAAAAAGUAUCCUCUAUCAAUAAUUUCUUUAAGAGAUCGACCAGUGGCACCAAUAGUAAUGGUGGCACACCGACCGGAGGAAACUCUGGUGCCAACAGUCCCACUAUAGCAAACGGUAGUGCAUCACCAGGUUCACAGACACCACCGAAUCUCUCCAACAUCGAGUAUGAAGCAGAUGACCAUGUAUUCUCACCUGCAAAAAUAACGAAGCAGAACCAGCAACAACAACAUCAACAACAGCAACAGCAGCUAAACAGUUCACAUUCAGCACUACCAUCACUUGGAUCAGAAGCAGUGCAACACCACCCUCUGGAGUCGUCUGGCUCCAGUCUGAGCAGCUCUGGUGUUAGCAGUGGUUCGAUAUUUAGUCCUCGCACAUCACCCACCUCCACACCCAUUUUAACUCGUCACAUAGUAGAGCAAUAUCCACCGGUUGCUGAUGUUAUUACACCACCACCACCAACAUCAUCAUCAUCAUCAACAUCUAAUAGUUCUACAUCUACAUCUAAUAACACCAAUAGUAAUGGUGGUCAAGAGAUAAUUAAAAGUGCUUUGAUUGUCUCAACAGAUACCGUAUCACCAGACAAAAAACCAUAUACAGUCUAUAAAGUACAAGUGGAGACGAACAAGUCGAUGUAUAUCAUUUGGAGACGUUACUCUGAGUUUCUUGAUAUCGACUUGAAGUUGCGUGCAGCCUAUCCUCUGAGUCGACUACCGUUUCCUCCAAAGAAAACGUUUGGUAAGAUGAACAAUGAGUUUAUCGAGCAGCGAAAAGACCAUCUACAGCAGUUUGUUAAUGCACUCUUCACACAUCCAACACUUACCGACCUGCCUUGCGAUCCAAUCGUCGUUGCAUUCUUUCAUCAAAACUCAAUCGAUCAAAAUCAACUUGAAAUCUCAACAAGAUCCAACACACCAAAACAAUCAAAACUUGCAAAUGAUCAAGUUGUUAGAUAUAUUAUAUCAACUUUACCAUUUUGGUCGGAUUUACUUGAUUAUGGUUCAUUGCUAUCACUUACAGAGACAUACUCUACGACAAGCAGUAGCUACAACGGUUCGCCAACACCAAACUUGUUAAUCGAUGGUAUCAACUCUGCUGGUGUUAAUGCCAAUGGUAAUGGUAAUAGUGGUGGUGGAAGUAGUCGUGAUUUAAGAUCAUCAUCAUCGUCUUCAUCUCAUCAACAACAACAACAACAGCAACAACAACAUUUGACAAUGGUUGAAUCGAUGGAGUAUUCCAGACAGGUAUUCCUUCAACUACUGGCCACUCACUAUCACCUUCGUACCUCUUCAGAUUCACAUAAAUCACAUAGAGACUGUGAUUGCCUAGCACCCAAAUUCCGUGGUACUAUCAUCGGAAUUCCCAAUAUCACUGGCAGCUUUCUUCAAUCGUUCAAUACAGAGUUUCAAAAUACACGCUCGCCAGUCGCGCUCAACCGUACGGCAUCGUCGAUCGACCUCGAAUCGUCGCGCGAAUCGAUAAACAUUCCUCUCAACGAAUCGAUGCAACAACAAAUCCUGCUGUCAUCGUCAGCAUCGUCUGGCUCACUGGCGACAUCCUCCUCUGAACUCGACCAACAACUCUCAAUGGUUUCACACAUCGUCUCCAACGGCAGAAUGCUAUGUGUCAGCACAUCGGACUCUUCCAAUCUCUCGAGGGAGGAAUCACGUUUCAAUCUAUCGUUGUGUCAUUUCGUACUGUUGGCAUUCUCCCUCAUCGACAUGGCAUCGUUUGAAUCGAUCGGUGUCUGGGUUGAAGAUAUCAAGAUGAUGUGUCCAGAGUCACCGAUCAUCCUCGUUGGACUGCAGAGAGAUCUACGUGAGGCAUCGAAUCCACUCGGCCAAUCGAUCACCUACCAGCAGGGUCUAGACAAGAGCAAGCAAAUACCGAAUUGUCUGGCCUAUAUCGAGUCACCGAGCGCGUCAGACGGUGUUGGUGGAUGGCGUCGUAGUCUUCUCUCCGAGUUGGCAUCACAACUGAUCAACCACUACCGUGAGGUAUUCGUACAGCACACAACCAAGAAGUCAAACUACACAGUCAGAGGAUCUUUCCUCUCAAAGAUAUUCCCACGAUAUCCGGACGAGAUCAUCCACAAGGGAUUGACCUCCUACGACGGUGACGUAGAGAAAGCAUUGGAGCUACUAGCACUCGACUAUGCCAACUACUCUGAAUCCAACGAACAUCAAUCGACCAGUCACAAAAGACAACAUCUUAGAAGUCAAAGUGUUGAUACAUCAUCAUCAUCAAAGAAUAGUAGUAUUAAUAGUAGUAGUUCAAAUCUCAACACUUGGAUACAUAAUGAUAGUAAUAAUACAACAAGUGGUGAUAGUAAUAAUAAUAAUAGUAAAUCGAAUAAUCAACCACCACCACAUCGUCAAUCAGUAAAGAUACCAGAGAGUCAAAUCAAUACUCUAGUCGAGAAACUCAAAAAGAAUUCAGUCGAUAGCUUCAUCAAAGGAUUCUUGAGAAAGAAGAAUCAAACACAAGAUCAACAAGCCGAGAUGGUCCUAUCGUUCCUCAGAGAGAUGCGUACACAACUACAAUCUAGUCAGCUGUUCAGUUCGUUGAACGUACAAAACUCUGACCAAGAAGAGGAUCUCACCAGUCUGCCACUAGGUGAAAUCGAAAACUACCUCUACCAAAAUAUAUAUAAAGUGGUGUUCUCUACACAAGAGUCACUCGAGAAAGAUGUACUACUCUCUGAUCGCAUGAGUAAACUCGUCUUUGUCGAACCACAACACUUGGAAAUCAAUCAAAUUCAUUGGAACAAAGACCUCUGGCUUGCCGCUGAAAAAGAACUUCAUUCCGUCAAUGAUCUGUUCUCUCCAUCUCAGAAAUUAGAAUUUUUAUUAUCAAACUCAGAUAGUCCAGGUGGAGCUGACGACUUUUUACCACAUCUUAUUUAUGUAGUUAUUCAUGCAAAUGUACCAAAUUUAUAUUCAAACUUUGAAUUUACAUCAAAGUUUUGUAAUUCAGAACUGUUGAAAAUGGAAAGAUAUUACUAUUUUACGACUUUUGGUAUUGCUGUUACUUUUAUUGAGGGAAUAGAUAGUAAGCAUUUGAAGAUCGAUGCUGAGGAAUAUGAAGCGUAUAUGUCUGGUAAGAAGAAGUACGUUCCAGAGGAACUAAAGAAUAAACAAAAGGAGCUCGAGGAGAUCGCUCAAAUGAACGAAGCAUCGAGAGCAAAGAUCAUGCAAAAGUUGGGUAUCGACGAAACAACGGCGACCGUUGCAAUCACUUCGCCCACCAAGAAGAAACCACAGCUACUCGACUCUGAGGAACGUUACGAAGAGGAAUCGAUUGAGAAGGCAAUCUCUGAGGAGAAGAGUUGCAAGCAAGAUGCCGCCGCACACACCUCGACCACCUCCAACGAGAAGGAGAAUCCAUUCGAAUCGCCAUCUGCCUCGAUCGACGGUCCACUUCUACCGAUUCAAUGGGCAACCUCUGCACCUACAGAAACCAACAAGCGAAACAGUGUCAAAGGAAUGUCCUUGUCGAGAACACCGUCACCACCCGACUCAAAGUCACUUCAAGUUGAAGAGCAUCCACUUGCAUUCAAUCAUAAAUCAAAAUCGGAAGAUAUUUCAAAUAUAAAUAUAACAUCAACAUCAACAUCAACAACAACAACAUCUACACCACCAUUGACAUUGCCAACUACAACUGAAACAUCAACUGCAACAAAUGCAACAACAGAUGUAUCACCAGUAACAACAACUACUACCACUACUACAUCAUCAUCAUCUCCAACGAUGGUGGAACAAGUAUCACAAUUUAGCUCAUCGCCAAUGGAAAACUCACAACCAAAGCCAAACGAAGUUCCAGAGUUACCACCAAUCGAACAACCAGUUACAAUCACCAAAAACACAACCAACAACGAUGAAGACAAUAUCGAUAAUCCACUCGAUUUAAAUCAUAACGUUAUUAUUGACCAAUAG